AUGGCACAAAGCCACUUGGCAAGAGCAGGCCUAGGAUCAAAAUCUGGGGAGCUUCCAUCACAGAACAAGCCCCAGGCCACUGUCACUGGACAAGGAGAGCCAAGGUGUGCUUCUCACCCUGGACCAAAGGAAAUUAAGUUGAUACAGAGACAAGAAAACCGCUGGCCGUGCCGCUGGAAUAUUGUGGCUGCUGAGGACCCUAACCACGCAGUUCCAGCAUCCCAAGACAAAAAGAUGGGGGCGGGGGCGGGUAAAAGAAUGCCCACGCCCACCCACCCCACCCCCAUUAUUAAACUGCACGAAAAGGCUAAAGGAGCAAAGUAUGAGGUCUCCUCCGCCGACCUGCCACAGCUGUGGCUGGGGAGGGGCUGUCCCGCCAGAGCCCGGCAGGGUGAGGCAUUACCUGGUCGGCUCCCGCACGCCGCUGGACUUCCGAGAGCCUGCGCUCAGCUCCUAGCGCCGGGUGCCCCCGCUGACCCAGCUCCCGCUGCGGCCGCUCGUCCCACCGCGCCUUUGCCCAGGCCCGGUGUCCCCACAGUCUGGUCUCGCUCACAGAGUUGCAGCCGGGCUGGGAACUGCCACGUCAAACACUCUCCCGGCUGCGCGCCCCCAGCGCCGGGGCUCAGACCAGCUGCCGCGCUCCCGCCGGCGCACGCGCACAGACCCGACCGGGUGGGGCGGGGCGGGGCGGGGCCGGACCGGGGGCGGGGCCGGGCCCGGAGCGCGGCGAGCGUAUUGGCCGCCCAUCCUUCCCUUCCCCCCGCCCCAUUCGCUUCUUCCCGUCCGUUCUGUUUGUUUUCCUACAACAGGUCAAAAAUUUUUAACGCUGUUGUUAAAUCAGAGCAGUUUUCACAGUGGAUCCCCGCAGGAAGGCGGGAGUGCUUAAUGAGGGUUCAUUCAUUCUUUCAUUCAACAGGUUGCGGCUUCAGCUAUUCAUCCAUUACAUAUUACAUAACUGUGAUAUUCCAGGUGUUGCUUGCGGAUACGGGAAGGUACAUGAUUCAAGACCCCGAGGGGAUUAGCAUUUAAAGGCGAAUCUGGAACUUAAAGGCGAAUCUGGCACGUGUACACGAACAAUUUGAUGACGUAUGUGUACAAUGCUCUACAGAGGAAGGAACGCCCAAGGCAGCCUAGCAACGUGUAAAAUAGGAAGGAAAAGAUGUCCCAACUGAAAAGUAUGGGAAGGAAUGUCUUCACUGAAUCUGAAAUUGCUAGACGUCUGUGUAUUCCUUAUAGGAAUGCCUACAGAUUGAUUGUGAAGGAGGAUGACUGAACCCAUCCCAAACAGGGGUCAACACGUGUAUAGAGACUCAGUGUUUAGCUCACUGUAUUGUGAGGAACCACUGAGAAAGGCAGCAUGUGUGACAGCUGGAACUUUACUACUUUUCUCUAUCUAGCCUUAAAAACUAGGACCAUCUGGCUGGUUUCUCACAAUGCCCCACUCCUGGAUAGAUAGACCUUCAACCAACUCUAGGUUUGGCAUAGCUACCACUUUGCUCCAACUUACAAAAGCAAAACCAGUUUUAAGGUGUGGUGCCUGGCCUACAUCCAGCUUCAACACUGGUCAGAUUUGAGAAUCCACAGUGAAAAAAUUGUUUUAAAUUUGUUUCUUCUUUCUCAGUAUAAUGAAAAUGUUUGAUGGAGUUUAAGAAGCUCUGGUCUGUGUUAAAGCAGCACAGCUUGUAAGAGCAAAAAAAAAAAAGUUGUUAUAGCACAGUUAUGUCACAAUGUAGGAGAGAGUAGUCACUUGGAGAUAGGAACACUAUGCAAUUAGCUAGUUAGCUUGUUGUCUCUAUAAAACCACAGAGUCUGAGUUUGUAAAUUCUUUCUUACCUCUUGUUCAGGGGCACCAGGACAAAUAUUUGUAAUCUCAGUUCUAAGACAGUGUUGAAUUCCU